CACCCCCUCCCCGCCGCCCGCGCGCCCUCCUCCCAGCUAGCUCCCGGCGCGGCCGGCUCUCGGCCCCAAAGUUGCAGCGCAAGUUCGCGGGUGGCUGGUGGCUGGUGGCGGGCGGCGGCGGUGCGGGCGCCCAGAGUCUCCCUUGCCGUCGGCUGUCCGGGGCUUGCCGGGCGCAUGGGCGCGCGUCGCUGUGGGCCUCGCCAUGGAGGUCCUGACGGAGGCCGAGGCGCGGGCGAGCGACGGCGGGCGACUGGUGGAGGUGCAGUUGAGCGGCGGCGCUCCCUGGGGCUUCACCCUGAAGGGCGGCCGAGAGCACGGCGAGCCGCUGGUCAUCACCAAGAUUGAGGAAGGAAGUAAAGCCGCGGCUGUGGACAAGUUACUGGCUGGAGACGAGAUUGUGGGCAUCAAUGACAUCGGCCUCUCGGGGUUUAGACAGGAAGCAAUUUGCCUGGUGAAAGGGUCCCAUAAGACCUUGAAGCUGGUGGUUAAAAGAAGGAACGACGUGAGCUGGAGACCCCACUCAUGGCACGCCACCAAGUUCUCUGAUGACCACCCUGAGCCCGCGGCCUCUCAGUUUCCCUCCACCAGUGGCUGCUCUUCUUGGCAUGGCUGCCACCACACCACUUCUUCCUCCCAAGAUCUGUCCAGUUCGUGGGAGCAAAGGAACCUACAGCGCACAUCGGACCACUUCAGCUCCCUGGGCAGCGUUGACAGCUUGGACCACCCCUCCCAGCCCUCCCCCUCUGGACACCUCUUGGCAGCCAAGUCUAACAGCAGCAUCAACCACCUGGGUGGCCCCAACCAGCGUGAUUCGGCUUAUGGAUCGUUUUCCACCAGCUCUGGCACCCCGGACCACACCCUGCCCAAGGCUGAGGCCUCCUCAGUAGAGAACAUCCUCCACAAAGUUGGGCUCUGGGAGGCGGCCCCUCAGGCCCUGGAGGAGAGGCCCUCCACCUUCCUUUCCAGAGCCCCCGGGGACAGCAGUAAAAGCCCCAGGCCAGAGGACACUGUUGAACCCAAGCUGACCGCUUCCAGCAGGUCCAGUUUCGGGCCCAUCUGGCAUGUUCCUGACAAGAAAAAAGCCCCUCCAUCACCACCCCCUCCUGCACCUCCACUGCGCAGUGACAGUUUUGCUGCCACCAAGAACCAUGAGAAGCCGCUGGGCCCUCCAUUCUCAGAGGUGGCCGCCACGAAGCUCUCGGCAGCCCCAAUCCAGCUGCAGCCUCGUGGUGAUUGGAGGUCAGACCUGGCUGAUCGCCAGCGGAGGCCCAGGUGCCUGAGCAUUGGGAAGGAAUCAGGAGGCCACCAUGAGUGCAGCCAGCCAGGUGGUCCCCUGGGCAGGGUCCAGGCCUCCCUGUCCAGUGCUGAUGCACCCCAAACACAGCCUCCCCACAGGGGCCAGCACCUAUGCCAGUGCAGUGAUGAGGGCGUUACUGGGAAGCCCAUGUCCCUGAGGGAGUGGCAUCGUGUGGCCCCAUCUGGAGGGUGGCAGGACCUGCCUGUGCCUCAAUGCCAGGAUAUUGGCCCUCCACAAGUCAGGUGGCCCAAGGCUGCUGAUCAGAGCUAUUCCUGUGUGGCUGCCAGGCAGCCCCCGUUCCCAGGGGAGUGUUGGCACUGGAAUGUGGCUCCAGGGACCUCCGAGUACCUUUCCCUGCAUCCGGUGAUGAACCCCAACCCAAGGUGCCCCCUGGCCCGCCAAGAGGAGCCUGGUCCCCUGCCAGACACGGUCACUGGGGGUGGUGCCUUGGGAUUCCACAAACUGUCCAGGACCAGCCACGCCGAGCAGGGGCCACUGGCUGGUGGCUUCAGGGUGGCAGACGGGGAGGGCAGCAGGAUCUCUCGCCAGCGGACGCCCAUGUUGCACUCACUGAGCCAGGAGGGCCAGCUGGGCGCCAUGGAGAAGCUGCCACCCUUUGACGCGCAGGUGGGUCGACCUGCACGGAGGAGCGACCGGUUUGCCACCACACUGAGGAAUGAGAUCCAGUUGCGCAGGGCCAAGCUGCAGAAAAGCAAGAGCACAGCGACCCUGGCUGAGGGGAGUGGGGCCAAUGCAGAGGCUGGCAGUUGGCAGGCCCAGCCUGGGGUCCCUUCAGAAGGUGCCUUCUCCAGCACCUACAAAGACCACCUGAAGGAGGCCCAGGCACGGGUCCUGAGGGCCACCUCCUUCAAGCGCCGUGACUUGGACCCCAGCCCUGCAGACCAGUAUCCUGGGCCCCCAGAACACAGGGCCAGGGAGCAUGGUGCCACCUUGUCUUGUCCCGUGGAGCCGGACUGCGCACCUCACUUUUGGGAGGCAGGUCUAACCAAGCCAGCAUCACCUGGAGGUGGGCCGCCCCAAGUGUCCCGAGUUGGGGGCCGGAAAAGGUUCACGGCAGAGCAGAAGCUGAAGUCGUACUCUGAACCAGAGAAAAUGAACCAGGUGGGGCUAUUGGGGGACUGCAGUUCGCAUCAGCACCCUGGGACCCCUGAGGACUGCAUGGGCACAUUCGCUGACAGGUGGAAGUUUUUUGAAGAAACGAGCAAACCUGUUCUCCAAAGGCCAGGCCACAGACAAGCUGCAUGCGGACUCCCAAGAGAGAAGGCAGAGAGGCCACGGACCGCAGGGAUGGCAGGCCCAGGAGGUGAAAACACGGAGCCUCGGCUGCAGAAGAGGUCACGUGCACCUUCCUUUGGAGAAAUCCUCAAUGGUUACAGGAAAGUAGAAAACCCUGGGAAGUUGGACCCGCCACAGAGACUUGGGACUUUUGCAGAGUACCAAGCCUCUUGGAAGGAACAGAAGAAGCCUUUGGAAGCCAUAAGUGCCGGGCGGUGUCAUUCGGCAGAUGACAUUCUGGAUGCAGCACUGGACCAGCACCAGAGACCACAGUACGUUCACGAACGGUCCCGGUCGUCACCGUCCACAGACCACUACGUGCAGGAGGCAUCUGUUGAACCUCUAAGGCAGCCAGGGAACUCCGGAGGGCACCGAGAAACGCCUGCGUCUACAGUCUGUGUGCGGGAGGCACAUUGCACUCCGAGGCAAACAGAUGCUCAAUGUCCUGAGGCCAGUCCAGCAGCACGGCAGGACCCGCCAAAGCAGAGUGCAUGGCCCUUGUCUGCGGUGUCCAGUGCAACUCCAACUUGGGAAACCCCCGAACUGCCCCGAGAGGGCAGGGGUCGAGCAGGGACCCUGCCCCGGGAUUAUAGGUACUCGGAGGAGAACACACCUGCAGACUUGGGACUGCAAGUGCAGGGCGCCCCCUCGCCCUUGCCAGUUCAGGGACAGGACUUGUAUCCAGUGAGCACUGCCGCACCUCCGAAGAGACCAGCCCCACAGAGACCUCCGCCGCCCAAGCGCGAGCCCCGGAAGCACAGGACCCCGGACACAGCCCCUGCAGAUGUUCGCCUGGCUGUCCUGCCACCCGUGCCCCUGAAUGCUGCUGUGGCCUGCCUGGCCUUGUCUUGCAACCAGUCUGUGUUGAGUAGUGCUCAGCCCCAAGACACCCCGAAGGCCACUGCGUGUGAGCGUGACAGCCAGCAUGUGAAAGAGGACGUGCUGUAUCCUCAGCCAGAAGCGCUGCCUUCCUCCAAAUUUCAGCACCUGCGGGCGUUUGCCAUGGAAACCUCUCGAUCCCCCUCACCUCAGUUUGCCCCCCAGAAGCUGACAGACAAGCCCCCACUCCUCAUCCAUGAUGAGCAUUCAACAAGAAUCGAGCGAGUGAUAGACAACAACACCACGGUGAAGAUGGUGCCCAUCAAGAUUGUGCACUCAGAGAGCCAGCCCGAGAAGGAGAGCCGCCAGAGCCUGGUGCGCCUGGCCGAGCUGCCUGCGCUGCCCAGAGGGCUGGAGCGGGACCAGAUCAAGACGCUCAGCACGUCAGAGCAGAGCUACUCCCGCUUCUGCGUGUACACACGGCAGGGGGCCGAGGCCGAGGCCGAGGCCGAGGCCACACCGAGGGCCCAGCCACCUGUACCUCAGUCCUCUGUGCCUCCCAUGGCCCCUGCAUCGGAUGUCUGUGCCUCCCCUCCAGGGUUCAGCUAUGCAAAGACCAAAGAGAAGACCGCAGAGGACCUGAAGUCCGAGGAGUUAGCCAGGGAGAUCGUGGGCAAGGAUAAGUCCUUGGCUGACAUCUUAGAUCCCAGCAUGAAAAUCAAAACCACCAUGGACCUGAUGGAAGGAAUCUUCCCCAAAGACGAGCAUCUUCUGGAGGAGGCUCAGCAGCGGAGGAAGCUGCUCCCCAAAAUCCCUUCUCCCAGGACCUCAGAGGAGAAGAAGGAGGAGCCAAUGGUGCUGGCGGCCAUGUCCCUGGCCACUAAUUCCACCUACUACAGCACGUCGGCUCCCAAGGCAGAACUACUGAUUAAGAUGAAGGACCUGAAGCAGCAGCAAGAGCCUGAGGAGGAUUCAGGCAGCGACUUAGAUCAUGACCUGUCACUGAAGAAGGAGCUCAUAGACAGCAUCGGCCGCAAGCUGCAGGUGCUGCGGGAAGCCCGGGAGAGCCUGCUUGAGGACAUCCAGGCCAACAAUGCUCUGGGGGACGAGGUGGAAGCCGUUGCCAAAGAUGUCUGCAAACCCAAUGAGUUUGACAAGUUCCGAAUGUUUGUUGGGGACCUGGACAAAGUGGUGAACCUGUUGCUGUCACUGUCGGGCCGCCUGGCCCGGGUGGAAAAUGCCCUCAAUAACUUGGAGGACAGCCCUUCUCCUGGCGAUCGGCAGUCACUGCUGGAGAAACAGAAAGUCCUCAUCCAGCAGCAUGAGGAUGCCAAGGAGCUCAAGGAGAACCUGGACCGCCGUGAGCGCAUCGUGUUUGACAUCCUGGCUGCCUACCUCAGUGAGGAGAGCUUGGCAGACUACGAGCACUUUGUGAAGAUGAAGUCAGCACUCAUCAUUGAGCAGAGGGAACUGGAGGACAAAAUCCACCUGGGCGAGGAGCAGCUGAAGUGCCUGCUUGACAGCCUGCAGCCCGAAAGAGGCAAGUAAGUGGCUGGUCAGCUUGGCAGAAGAUGGCCGUGGCCCACUCCCUGUGCAUGUGAGCUUUGUGGCAUCAUCCCAGGGCAUAGUAACAUCAGGACGUUGGCUUGGAUCACCUAUUGAAUCUUUUAGUUUCCCUUUGGAACAGAGCAGUUUCCUCACAUGUGACUGCACGAGAUGCUAGGCACUGGCAGAUGCAGUCCCUAUGGAUCCAUUAGGCUGGGGUUGUAGGACAUAGACUGUAGCCUCCAUCUUCCGAUGCCAAACCAGCCACAGAGGAAGACACCGAGAACGUCCUCAGGGUGCAGGAGAGGAGACUCCCUGAUGGACAUCUUCCCUCAGGAUGAAUCCAGGGAUAGGUCCCUGGAUUUUGUCUAUGCCAGACCCACAGCGUGAGUGCCCAUUGCCUUUGCCCUGUAAACAUAUUCCCUGACCCAGCAAAGUCAUGAUGAGGAUGAUAAUUUAUUAACAUUUAGGAAAGGUGAAUGGUUUCCUAAUGGUUGAAAACCAGCUGGGAAAUGGACAACCUACAUGUUGGGUGCACUCUCUCUAAGAUUAAAAGUGCCACUUAAAUGAUGUGCAUGCUUUAGGACUGAGGUACAUGACAGACAAACCACUGUGGUCCUUCUCACCUGGCAUCAGAGGUUAAAUGAUGUUCUGCAGCCAAGUGAGAGUACUUUGCUACACGUGUCCAGUACUCAUGUGCUUGUUAGCUAUUUAUUUCCUGAGACCAAUGGAAUAUUUUCUAGUUACGUUUCCUGCAGAACAUUAAUCUUGUGCACACACAGUCAUUUGUGACCAUUGUUUUUUGUUUUUUUGUUUCUGUUUUGCCACCAAGUUGGUCCACAAACAUUGAGGACCACAUUCCAUAUACUAUGAGAGCUUUCCUCUCCCUUUCCUGGGGACCUGUGCUCUAUCUUAACUGUUAAACUUGAGCCUUCUCUGCUGCGGAAUUUAAGAUUGUGUGCCUCUCUGGGGGGUUGAGAUGGCCGGACUCCAAAGAGAGACUUCCUCAUUAAAUAAUAUCGUGAUGCUGUUGUUUCCAUUGGCACUUGGAGACUGAGAGGAAGUGUUUGCAGAUGAUGGGUCUGACAAAGGAUUUGUACCCAGAAUGUAUGAAGACCUCUGAAAACCCACCAGCAUGAAAAUAAACAGCCCACUUAGGGGGCAACAGACUUGAGCAGACAGUUCACCCGAGAAGAUGCACACGGGGCUGAUAAGCAUGGGCAACCAUGUCCAGCUGCUGAUGGCUCGCUGGUUUUCACCUAAUAAUCAUAGGCCACGUGUAUUGUUAGAAAAAGUUCAUCUGACUAAAGCCGUGGAUAAUGGUGAGCCAGUCCCUCAGAUAACUGGAUAUUUAUUUAAUACUUGUCCCUUAUUUCUUCUUGAUCCCCUAAGGAAUGAACAGAUUUCCUCUUGACAUGUACACACACACACACACACACCCCUGAUAACUCACCUCCUGGCAGCCUCCUGGGCCGGAAGAAGUGCGCCUUCCCAGAGGUGGCAAUUCCUAUUUCCCAUGAGCUGUGUGACUUUGUGGUGGCAGCUCAUCCUCCCCUCCACCUGGCAGCCCCUUGCUGGGAACACAGGCCUCUGGCCGUCCACAGACCUCAUGAAUAACUUGAUUAUUUUGUUUAUAAUUCAGACAAAAAAAUUGUUUUUGACCCAUAAUUCUUUCCCCUGCAAUUGAGUUUUGUAACCAUCUUAAUAAUAUACAUGUGAAAUGUGAAUAAUCAAAUGUGUAUGUCCGUUCUCAGCCUUUCCAUGUCUUUUUGAACUCCAUCUUAUACUUAGUAACACACAGUGCUUUGGUGUUCUUUCGCCAAGCACUUGUCACACGCUCCUCUUUUGGUUUUCUGUUGGUCUCUGUAAGGUUUGGGCCACAGGACGUGAAAGAGGUCUCCAUGUACAUAACUCUACACAGAUGUAUUAUUGCUAUAAAAAAAAUACGGUGCUGCCAGUGGCCCUGGGCUUUGGGAGGUGAUGGCUGAUUCCUGUCCCUGUCAUAGCAGAGCUGUGAAGUCUGCGGAGUGGGUUUUCCCUCCUGUGGGAUGUGUGCGGCUUGUGUCCUCAGCAUACUGUUUCAAAUGUGUACGUUUUUCAUGCUUGACACUUUCCACUUACUGAUCAAUGGAGUAUCGUGCUUGAUUUUAACAAAAUAAAUAACUGUGUCUUUGA